AUGCGCGUCGCCGUCAACACGCCAGCCGGCAAGUGGCAGGUGGCGGUCGCUCGAGCUCUCGGUGGGAGUGAGUGGCGCGGCGGCGGCAUCAGCGACGCCGCGGACGUGACCACACUCCGCCUCGACGAGAGCCACACCUUUCUGGUCCUCGCGUCGGACGGCGUCUGGGGCGUCCUCGACCAGCUGGCGGAGGGGUCGGCCGCGCGCUCUCGCGGCGUCGCGUGGCGCGUCGCAGCGGCGCGCGCCGCAGGCAAGAGCGCGGGGGACAUUGCGGACGGGCUCGUGCGCUGCGCCGCGCGCGAGGGAGGCACCGACAACGCGAGCUGCAUUGUGCUGCUCCUGGGGUCGGGAACUUAG